UACUGUAUUGUACCUGACCUGUAGGCUAAGUAGCCUAUUAUACCGUGUUAGAAAGAGCAUCAAUCGGACACCCAAUAGAACGCCUCGAGCGCACAUUCAAUGACGCGUACCCUGACACGCGCUGAAGAGAACUGCCUUUAUCAACCGACAUUCUUCCUGAUGUCACUUCUCAACAUGCCGACCACCUGUUUUAUGACCGUGAUCUGGUGGCUCACAACCGGUUCAACUCGUAGUCAAACAGCAAUUCCCAAUGGUCACGGAGGGGUAGAUGCGGUUCUGGGGGUGUCCAACGCCAGCGUCCUCCUGCUGGACCCCAGCUCUGAGACACUCUACCUGGGAGCCAGAGGCUCCAUCCUGGUCCUGCACACCUCCAACCUCACCUGGAAACACCCAGCAAUUGAGUGGGAGGCCACAGAAGACGAGAGGAAGGUCUGUAGGGAUAAAGGCAAGACAGAGGAUGACUGUUAUAACUACAUCUGUCUGCUGGAGGUUCUGAAGGAUGGAAGGAUCUACGUUUGUGGCUCCUACGCCUACAACCCCCAGUGUGCUUUCAUAGACCCAGUGACGUUUUCCCUAGUGAAGGAAGGAGGUGACCAAGGGAAGUGGAAGUGUCCUUAUGAUCCCAGACAACCUCACACUGCUGUUACUGCAGAUGGAGUGCUGUACACCGCUCCUUCUAACUUCUUGGGCACGGAGUUUGACAUCACCAGGGCAACGGGUCAACAGGUGCGCAUGGAUCAGUCCAUCAACUGGCUCAGUGAUCCAGUGUUUGUGAGUUCGGCCCUGGUCAGGGAGAGCCCUGGAGACGAUGAUAAGAUCUACUUCUUCUUUACGGAGAAUGCCAGAGAGUACGACCUUUACACCGAGGUCAGAGUCACACGGGUGGCCAGAGUCUGCAAGGGAGAUGUGGGGGGCUCUAAGACCCUGCAGAAGCGCUGGACCAGUUUCCUGAAGGCUCAGCUGGUGUGUCAAGACCGGGACAGUGGCCAACGUUACACCGUCCUGACCCACGCCUACCCCCUGGAACACCGCCUGGGAGACCCCAGCAGCACACACUUCUACGCACUCUUCACCUCCCAGUGGAAAGGAGAACGCGUGUCAGCAGUGUGUGUGUACAGCCUGGCUGACGUCACCAAGGUGUUUGCGACGGGAGGCUUCAGAGAUAUGAAGGGGAGAACUGUGGGAGCUCUGUGUCUGUACCUGACCCCCGACCCGGACAGUGUAGAGGCCAGGGUUAUAACACCUCCCUCGAGAUACCUGACCGAGUGCUGCAGUUUGCCAAGGAACACCCUCUGUUGACGGACACUGUGGACGCAGCGCCCCUUCUGGUGAGGAGGGGAACUACAUACACCAGGAUCACAGCCACCAACAUCUCCAACAGUGAUGCUGCCCUACUACACCUGGGAACAGAUCAGGGAGAGUUACACAGUGUGUCUAUCGUUGGCCGUACUGCUACUCUGCUGCAGGAGAUCCCUCUGACGACCUCAGUACAGCCUGUCAACAACAUCCUCAUACACCAGGGCCAUGUGGUGGUGGGCUCCCCCUCCUCUCUGUCCCGUGUGCCAGUAGAGGGGUGCAGGGUGUACCCCAGCUGUCAGGUGUGUGCCCGGGCAGCAGGACUAGGCUGUGUGUGGGACAUCAAGAAGAGAGCCUGUGUUGCAGAAUCUCCAGGGCAGACUGAGCCAGAGGACCCUUUAAAGGUGUGUGGCACUGGAGAGGGUGAGUAUAACCACUAUUCCACUAUU